AUGCCUAGGACGGUCAGCAGCACUGGUCUGAUCGCGGCGCGCACUCGACCGGUUCGACGACCCAAGCCCAAGAAAAUCGAGCUUUUGGGCUACAGCGUGCCAGCCCCGUUCACUCUUCGGCCAUUCGCCGGUCUCUACAAUCCUUAUCACUAUGGCUGCUCGGUGCUGUGCAAUCACCCGGCCGACGGCGAGGCUAAAGCCGUCGUUCGGAGGGCUAAAGACACUUUGGUGAGUCCUAAAAAUACAAUGGGUGCAAAAGAAAGUAGUAAAAAUCUAACAGGAUGUAAAAUUAAUAUUGCGGUACAGUCGAGCGAAGGUCGAGGCAUGCAGUUGUCGCUCGAUCGCGAAGACGACUCUCACGAUGAUCCGGAUUGCUGCAUUCUGGCCUUGGCCGAAAGCCCAAACGUCUCGGCUCGCGAGUCCGCUUUGGACAGCUCGCUCGCCGAGACGCCGGAUCGAGCAGCAGCAGCGGCAGCAGCCGCCGUCGCCGCAGCCAAGGAGAGAACCAGCCUCGUGCUCGAUCUCAGGGCCACCAGCCACUUCCUGCAGGACAACGAGACGCUGAGCUGGCACGCGCUGACCCUCGAGCCGAUCCCGAGCUCGCGUCGCAGCACAGCCAGCAGUUCGCUGCGACGUCAGAGACUCUGCCAGACGGCCGCCUCGUCGUCGCCGGUGCGCUCGGUGCCCAUAAUCGAGGUGAGCGACGCCGCGUCGACGCGCAGCGCCCCCACGAAUCUCGGCCGCCGCCAGGACGACUUGGACGACGGAGACGACGGGGACGAGGACGAGGAGGAGGACAGCGCCCCGGACGAGGUCGGCGCCGGAGGACCCAGUGGCGCUCUGCAGCCCAUGCGACGUCGCGGCAAGCUCAGACGGAAGAAGCGCAAGUGUCGCAGGGGCUCGAUCUACGGCCAGCAGACCGAGGUGCGAGAGCUGCCGGACCCGCUCGAGACUCAGGUCUCGCAGUGCGACGACGAAUCCAACAGACCUCCCGUCGCUUCGAAACUCGACGACUCGAAGCAGGGAUCGAUCGACAAAGACACCCGGCCGCCGGCGAAGCGCGAGCUGCCGCCCAGCUUCUUGCCGCCCGACGUUAUCAAGGCACUCAGUCGAGAGCUCGACCAGGAGACGGUCGAGGGCGAAUUCAACGCAAAGCGACGCUACGCCCUGGAGGAAACUCUGCGGGUCACCGGUGGCUACGAGGCUCGCGCCGCAGCCGCCGCCGCAUCCUCCUCCUCGAGCCUCGCUGCCGCGGCGGCGGGGGUGGUGGGCGCUUGGCCACCGCGUCCCAAUCCCAUCCUGCAGAACACUCAGAACGUGGCUCGGCUCUUCUACCGGCAGAGCGCGAGAUUCCAGCUGCUCGACAGUCGCUCCCUCGUGGGUCUGCGGCCCCUGGACUAUCUCAGCGAGCACGUGCACAUCUCGGACGCGCGCCGACUCUGCUACGGCAGGGCCUUCAACAAGCACAAGGACGAGACGCUGACGGGGCCGCGAUACCUGCUGGCCUCGGUGCUGCCCGAGGCCCUGCACGACGUCCUCGGGCGCGAGAUCAGCGCCUCCGAGCAGGCCUUCAUCGAGCGGACCUGCCUCGAGCCGGACACGGAGCGCCUCGAGUUUCGCGUCUGGUGCGGCCUCUGCGCCUUCGCCGAGCGACUGCUGCCCCAGCUGCCUCCGAGGGAUCAGGAUCCGCCGGCCUGGCUCGAGAGGGCCGAUUUCGAGAUGCUCGAGAGGCGCAUCGCCGCCGUAAAGCUCGAUCCGAAGCUCGUCCAGCUGCUCAGGCUCAUAAGAGAUAGCUAGUGACAGCCUAAUGAGUGAAAACAAUUUUUAUAAAUGUAUAUUGCAAUGUGAAUGGGAUGAAAUUGAUAACGAUCGACAUCAAUCAUUUUCACGUAUCAUCGUUUAUAUUCAUAUCGUUAUUUAUUACACUUUGUUUUUUCUUUGUAGUCAAUAAAUAUUUUAUUCAAAUUAACACAAUGUUAUGUUAUCAUUUUACACAACACAUACUUUUUUCUCUUUAAAGCUACGAUAUCGAUGCGUGUGUGUUGCAUGUAUGUGUAUGUGCCCAUGAAUGUUGACGUUUUCUUCGCGUUUUCAUUGUAGUUCAAUAAUUUGAUUGAAAUUUCAUAAUUCAGUAUAAUUAACUAUACGUCAUACAAAACUUGUGCCGCUUUGAGUAAAAAUUUUACGAGACAAUAAUUAAAAAAUUAAAAAAUCGAUUUAUUUUUCGUUUCUCUUGAGUUCUGAAAUGAAAUUCCUCUACGAAUACUGGCAUAUUUAAUUAUUUUUCCUCCAUUUAAGAUUGAGCGCGUGUGUGUCAGUGUUCAUUUUCAUCUGUAUAAUUAUUUAUAUAUUUAUAUAUAAUGACGAAUUGACGAAUAACUUGUCGGAAAUAAUUUUGGUCAUUAAUUGCACCUCACUUAUAUAGAAAAAAUAUAUCAAAACAUUAUACCUGAUCUAUCAUUGUUGUAUACAGUAUCAAUAAAAUCAAUAUAUACAUUUGUUCUAUAUUUUUUUCAUUUUUUCUUUUUUAACUUCUCCGACAGUGAAAUUUUUUUUCGAAACAAAGUCUUUGCGUUUGACUUUCAUACUUAAAACGUAUCAAAUUAGAAGUUAUACUAUACUGAACAUUAUGAUUUUUUUCUCGGUUCUUAAACAAUAAAUGACUAACUGUUACGAGCUACUUACAAACAUCUAGACGAAAGUAUAUUAAAAACAAUACUACAAAUAACAUUCAUCGGUCAUUUAUCGUAGUGCUUACGGAAUAAUGGCCGCGACGCUAAAAACAACAACAUCAACGAAAGGGCUGCUUUCAUAGACGCGCUUAAAUUGUUUGUCCAGUUUUUAACGCUACUAUUAUUCGGAACCAUGUGCUCAUACUUUUUUCCUUACCACCUGGGCAAGCUUUUUUUCAUUUACAUAUAACUUUUCCGCUCAUUCACUUCUUAUGGGUAUAUAUAAUUUAUCUAUAUAUAUAUUUAUUUAUGUAUUAAUAUAUAUUUUUUCAUGAAAUCGCCUUUAUCAUUAUU